CGAAGAGGAGCGGGAGGAGGAGCGCGCGCGGGAGGAGGAGGAGGAGCGAGUGCCCCGCCAGCCGAGGGUACAUCGAGCUGGACGUGUCCGCGAUGCUGCCCCACCCAGUGCUGUCCCUCCGGCGCCUGCUCUGUGCUGUGGCCUCCCACCGGCCCGCCCCCUUGAGAUGCGGAGGAAGCAGCCGCCUGCACACGGCCCCAGCCGCCUGUGCUGACAGGAGCGCCCCUGUGUUCACCCGCGCCCUGGCCUUUGCGGACAGGAUUGCUCUCAUUGACCAGCAUGGCCACCACACGUACAAGGACCUUUACUACCACAGCCUCCGCCUGUCCCAGGAGGUGUGCCGUCUCCUCGAGUGUGCUGGCGGGGACCUCCAGGAGGAGAGGGUCUCCUUCCUGUGCUCUAACGACGUCUCCUACGUGGUCGCGCAGUGGGCCUCGUGGAUGAGCGGAGGCAUUGCUGUCCCCCUAUACAGAAAGCACCCCCGGGCUGAGCUAGAGUGUUUCAUCCGGGACUCCCGGAGCUCUGUGGUCCUCGCUGGCCAGGAGUACGUGGAGCUCCUGCGCCCGCUGGUCAGGAAGCUGGGGGUCCCGCUGCUGCCUCUCCCGCCCACGGUCUAUGGUGCGGCAGCUGAGGAGCCUGGGGAGUGGAAGGUGCGGGAGCGGAACUGGAGAGACCGAGGCGCCAUGAUCAUCUACACCAGCGGGACCACGGGGAGGCCCAAGGGUGUCCUGAGCACUCACCACAACAUCAGGACCAUGGUGUUGGGGCUGGUCCACAAGUGGGCGUGGAGUAAAGACGAUGUGAUCCUGCAUGUCCUUCCUCUGCAUCACGUGCACGGCGUCGUCAACAAGCUGCUCUGUCCCCUCUGGGUGGGGGCCACCUGUGUGAUGCUCCCCGAGUUCAACGCACAGCUGGUUUGGGAAAAGCUCUUAGGUUGUGAAACUCCACGGAUUAAUGUAUUUAUGGCAGUGCCUACAAUCUACGCCAAGCUGAUGGAUUAUUAUGACAGACAUUUCACCCAGCCUCAUGUCCAGGAUUUUGUCCGUGCAGUUUGUGAAGAGAAGAUUAGGUUGAUGGUUUCGGGAUCGGCCGCCCUGCCCCUGCCUGUGCUGGAGAAGUGGCAGGACAUCACAGGCCACACUCUGCUGGAGCGGUACGGGAUGACGGAGAUCGGCAUGGCCCUGUCCAACCCCCUGACCGCCACUCGCGUGCCAGGUUCUGUGGGGACACCGCUGCCGGGCGUCGAGGUGCGCAUCGUCUCAGAAAAUCCGAAGAAGGAGGGCUGCCCCUAUGUGCUCCACGCGGAAGGAAAUGAAAAGGAGACGCAGGUGACCCCAGGGUUCAAGGAGAAGGAAGGGGAGCUCUUGGUCAGGGGGCCAUCUGUGUUCCGAGAAUACUGGGACAAACCAGAAGAAACGAAAGACGCCUUCACCUGGGAUGGCUGGUUCAAGACAGGCGACACGGCCAUGUUUAAGGACGGCAGCUACUGGAUCCGGGGCCGCACGUCCGUGGACAUCAUCAAGAGUGGUGGCUACAAGGUCAGCGCCCUGGAGGUAGAGCGGCUGCUGCUGGCACACCCCAGCAUCACGGAUGUGGCUGUGAUUGGAGUUCCAGACAUGACUUGGGGCCAGCGGCUCACUGCAGUGGUGACCCUUCAGGAGGGACACUCGCUGUCCCACAGGGAGCUCAAAGAGUGGGCAAGGGGCGUCCUGGCCCCGUAUGCUGUGCCCUCGGAGUUCCUGCUGGUGGAGGAGAUCCCGCGGAACCAGAUGGGGAAGAUCAACAAGAGGGACCUCGUCAGGCAGUUCUACCCGGGCAACCAGGGUGCCCCUAGGCCAGGCACCAGUGAGCUGGCAUCCUCUGUAAACUAGAGCCCUACCUCAGAGGGGACCGAGCUGGGGCCGACAGAAGGGAGGUCCCAGGGCGAGGCCUGCUCAGCCCCAAGCUGGUUUUCAGACGGACCUCUGCUCCGUCCCCACCUCCACACCCACGCUGGUGCCACACGGGCCCCCACGGUGCCCACCAGCAUCCCCCCAGGCAGCAGGUCUCCCAGCAAAACUCAGUAACGUCUCGCAGAGAACACAAGCAUUGCCCGGGGUCUGCACAUGCACACUGGGCAAACAGCCCCAUGCGUGUACGCAUCCCACGGCCUGGGGCUGCCUGUGUGGCCCCCCCGGGGGACGUGUGGCCCCACAGGAACCUUCUAGGCCAGGGCCUGGCAGGCUCCUGUGACGGAUAAGCCAGGUGGUCUGUGUCUGCGGCCCUGCGGCCAUGCGGCCCCUGUCCCUGCGGUGGCUGUGGCUACCACCGAGGGCCUUGCCGCCGCUCAGCCUUGACCCUUGCCCCGUCUCUCUGUGCCGCUCCCUCCAGGCCCCACGGGGCCCAUUCACCUAACCACCCCCCACCCCUGCCCUGUGUGUGGCCUGACCCCAGGCGUGGUGUUUUCUCCGGGGGGACGAGCCCACGAUCCUCCUGCCUGAGGCUGGGACACACACUCGGGCCACCAUCUCCCGAGCAGGCUGCCCACCAUCCGGCUCUUCUCGGGGCGACGGCCCUCAGCAUCACACCCGACACCGCAUGACCAGGCUUCCGGCUGUCCAUGGUCUUCCCUUGUGGUAACUAGGGAGCCACGUGCCACUGGGGAGAAUCAGAUUGAGCCCUGCGGGGUCUUCACUUAAUCCCACUGAUUUGACACUGUAUCUGUCUUAAUACUGAACAUUUUGAUUCCCAAAAAUGUUUACAUAAUUAUUUGGUUUAUGCUACGAUUUAUAUCAAGUACUUUCAAAAACUAAUAGUCCUCUUUGACGAAGGAGACCACAGAAGGACGUUGAUUUGUCUUUGGAACAUGUGCCUCUAAGGACACAGAAUGCAGCCCCACUUGCUGCGUCAUGAGGCUUCCAGAAGGUUCCCCCUGGGCUCGGACUGCCUCGCAUCCACACACACACAUGCCGGUUCCCUGAGGGCACGACCCUUGGCUGGACAGCCUCAUGCCGUCCUGCACUCCACUCCCCAAGUAGAGCCAGGAGCAGGUGCCCCGGGAGCUGGCCGUUGGCAGCUUGGUCAGCGGCCCGUUGGUGCCUUUGGUCCCCCUGGAGGGGCUCCUGCAGGGGUGUCGGCCACCCUGGGUUGGAGCCUAUUGAAGGCAGUGGGCAGGUCCAGCAUGCCUGGCAGGGUGCCUGCUGGGAGCAGAGGGGAGGCCGCCUGCACGCCUGGUGCGUCCAGACGGUGGAGGUCCACCCCCACAUGGGCAGCCUCGUUUCCGCCUCAGUUUCCCUAUUCGUGUCAUGAAGCUGGCCUUUCUGGCUCUGACCAAGGACUGAGGGCUUUGCUUCCUUGGGAGCCCAGUCCAUGGAGGUGGAGACCCCAGCAUGGCCCCCACCUAAGACCUCCUGGCCACCCAGCUCGUCCACGGGCUGUGCCAGACAGCACUGAGGCUGAUGGUGGGACUGGGGCAGCCGAGGGUCAGCACAGGUCGGGCUGCCAUGCGCCCACCGACCACCUCCAUGUCCACUCAGUGGCAGGCACGCUGGCCUCAUGUCUAACACUCUAGUGCCAGGUCAACAGCGCAGGGUCCCCGAAGGUCAGGGACUCACCCAGGCCCACAGCCAGCCCACGGUCGCCGGUGUCCAUGUUCGGAUCCUCCGUGUCUCCCCUCUGUGCCCUGGGCCUCCCCUGGAACCUUCCUCCCAGGAUGGACACCCGGCCAGGAGUUCUUGGUGCUGGGCCCUCAGGGUCAGGACAGAUGCUCCUUGUGUCGGGUGGGGGCUGAGUCCCCACGAGGGCCCGGGGACUGGACUCCAGGCGUGUCCGUGUGCAGAGCCGCCUGCCACCCUGGCCCCGGCCACCACAGGUGAGGCUGGGACACGUCCUCCCCUCGCAGCCCAGGGCGGGAGCCAGGUGCCCCCAAGGGAGGAAGUGGUGCGAGUGCUCCGGGGCCCGCUGAGGCCGGGCGGCGCCGAGAACCAGGUCCUGGUGCGCGAAGCCUGGCGUCCCCGUCGGGGGAGGGGUGUUGGAGACAGGCUGUGCUCCUGUUUGUUGGAGAGCAUCUCUGUGGAAAACAGAGCAGCGUCUGACGGGUGGAAGCAGCCGCCGCGGGGGGCACGCACCACGCCCACACCUACACCGUACCUGCGGUGCCCCCCAGCCCCUGGGCUGAGCAGGCCGGGUCAUAAGUUACUUCGAGAACCCCCGGAAUCAGCUCAUGCUCUAAAACUCCAGCUCCUUUUCUGUUUUAUGUUGGGUUUCUACAUAAAAAGGUCUUUGAAAAAGAUUCAAGCCCUAAAAGUGGAUUUGAAAACUGUGGUUCUAGUUCUUAGUGUGGCCCUGACCUGGUUGUGACCUCGCCUCUGGGGCCCCUGGUGACUGCGCCGUCCCCUGCCCACCUCUCCCUGCUGCCCCUCCCCUGCCCUGGGCCGCCAGACACCUGGUUCGCGUCCCCCCGUGUCCUCGGCAGCCGCAGUGGGGCCGUCUUUGUCCUCGUGGACCCUGCG